UUUUAACCUUUCUUCCCCUACCGGACAUUCACAGAUAAAGUGAAGGAGAUGAUUUAAAGCCUCCACCCAUUCUUCUUCUUCUACCUCACUCUUUCUUUCUUUCUUCCCCUUUUCUCGUUUCCCUUCUUCUUCUUACCUUCGCGAACCUAAUUGCGCUAUUCUCCACCCUCAAAAAGCCAAUUUUUAGCACGAACGUUUAGGUAAUGGAAAACGGCUCAUAUCCGAGAGGGAGAGAGGUCCCAUCUCCUCACGCGACCUCUCCCAAUUCCAGUACCAGUAGCAGCAGCAGCAGCAAUGGAGCUUCUUUGCCUUUAAAGGUGCCGCCUUUGGCAGUUUCUGCCGCCGCCGCUGCCGCUCCGGCGACUCCCAAGGCAAUCCCGAGACCCAUCGAUCCGAACCCAUACCCGACUACUUUCAUCCAAGCCGACACCACCUCCUUCAAGCAAGUAGUUCAGAUGCUCACCGGCUCCGCCGAAACCGCCGCAAAGCAAACCGCCGCCGCUGCAGCUGCAGCCAUCGCAGUCGCGCCGAAGAGCUCGAUCCCGCCGACUGGGAAGCCGACGGGCCCCAAGAAGCCUGCUUUCAAGCUCUAUGAACGAAGGGGAAGCAUGAAGAACCUGAAAAUGAUCAGUCCGAUGAUCCCGUCUUUCGCCGGUAGAUCCAACCCGAAUUCUCCGGCCGCCGCAGCUUUCUCCCCGAGGAAGAUGCCGGAGAUCUUGUCCCCGAGCAUACUAGAUCUGCCAUCGCUGGCGCUGAGUCCCGUCACACCGUUGAUCCCCGACCCCUUUAAUCGCGACGUGUUGAAGGCCGAAGAGCGAGCUAUCGCCGAGAAAGGGUUUUACUUCCUUCCUUCUCCGAGGACGACGCCCGAGCCUCCGAGAUUGCUUUCUCUGUUUCCUGUUUCGUCCUCUGAAGUUUUCUCUACUUCUUCUACUUGAUCAUGAAGCUGCUGUAGCCUUUAUAAAAUCGAUGGUUAUCUCUCUUCAUUUCUUUCUCUCACAGUCUCUCAGGUUCGUGUUUUCGUCGUCUUCUUCUUCAUCAGGAGAAAAGGUUGAGUUGCCAUUUGGUUGAUCUCUGAUUCAAUUUUAUAGCAUCAGCACUCUUCUUCUUCCCUUCUCUCUUUCUGCGUUCUGUAAUUGAGUAAAUUCUCUAAAGCUUCAGGUGAAUUGAAUGAUUUUCAUAAUUUGACUCCUUUCCCUUCUCCUCUCUGCUUUCUAUCUUUCGGGAAAGAUUGUAUCUGUGUUCUCAGCUUCUCAUGCUCUGCCAUGGAACAUUUCAGGUGAACAGAUUGGCGAAUUAUGUAUUUUUUCAUGCUUUGAGGAAUUGAACAUUGAUGCUUGGAUUAGAAAUUUGGAUCUUUGAUCUAAAUUUCCCCAAAAACCAAAAAAAAAAAAAAGGAAAUUUGGAUCUUUGAAAUCAUUGUUGGAAGGUGCGGUAAAAAAAAAAAAUAAUGUUUCCAA